UUCUGGUAAUCACGUAGUUAUGGCGGACAGACUCCUUGCUGUUCUUGUAGCCGAUAUUUUGAAAGAUUUAGAAAGCAGAUGUCAUUCUUCACAGUUUCAUUCCGACCGAACCCUGGUUCUGUUUUUGUUGCUCGAAAGGCGAGCUGUAAACCCAUUAGUUAGAAAGUAGGCGGGUCCUUGAACGGCUUCCUGUGCUGCUAUUGGUUUAAACUGUUGUUGGUGUGGUUUAAAUGUCUGGCGGUGAUAAACAAAGAGCUUGUUUAAAUCGGGACAAGAUGGUGACUAAAAGGAUCCGCUCAGAGUACAUGAAGAAGUUCAAAGACCCAAAAUGGGAGACUUACACCAAGUGUUAUGAAGAGAUGCUGGCCUACAGGCUGACCCGGAGGCUGCUGGAGCACACACACAACCCCUGGUUCUGGAGCGGCUCGGACAGCGACUCGGACUCAGGGGGAAGGAGCCCUCCUCACCCCAGUAAGAACCAGGUUGAAGCCGGCGGAGCUGAGACAGAGGAGCCUGAGGUGGUCAAGACGGACAGACAGCAGGAAACCAGAACCACCGGAGCUGGACCUAGACCUACUGUCCAGAAUGAGGAGCAGAUCAGGCCUGACCCACAGUCUUCAGCACACAGUUCGCAGUGUGACGAUACCAGGGAGUCAAACAGAGCAGUUCAGGGAGAGGAAGAGGAGUUCUCUGCUCCACUCCGAGACAAAGAAAAAGAGACGAGAGCAGCCCGACCUCACCAAAGAAAACCCUCCGAAUCAACGAGACCAGCCUGGCGCUCCCAGUGCGUGAGGCCUGUACGGCAGCUCAAAGAGGACACAAAGGAGAAACGACAUCCUUUCGCACUGUACGGCUCAGGAGAAAAGGAUGCAGACAUCGCAGAUAGGAAGACUCACAACGUCGGUCCUGCAGCUUCUACUGCUGAGAUUCAUGAAUCGGCUCUGCGUGCUAAGACCAGGCGGCAGGUUGAGCGGCAGAUCCAGUCCCAGCGACCUGAGCGGCGUCGGGCCAAAUCAGCGGACCCAAAUAAAGCCGGGAUGGCGGUUCAGCCCGAGUUCAACCCCUGGCUCACCGAGUACAUGCGCUGCUUCUCCGCUCGCUCCCGAUAGGACAGCGGCAGUACAUCAGCACCAACAAAGCCAUUCCUGCCUCUAGAAACAGCGGAAGUUCAGACACACGGCACAUUUUACGUGCCUGAGUCUCACUGCGACUUGUCUUCAUGGAAAACAUCUCAAACUCAGGGAUUUUAUACAAAAUGGAGGACAAUCAUGGAAGAAAGGUUUUGGUAAUUUUAUGACAAACUGAAGUUUUGUCACAUAAAGACAUUUGGUAACACUUGAAUUUGAAGGGCUGUGCAUAACGGUGCGUUCACACCCAACGCGUUACGCACGUCAAAAACGCUUCAAGUUCGACACAUGUGCACUUGAAGUCAGACGCUUGACAUUUUGCUCUAGAUGUCAGUUGCGUCAAAGCCGCUCUAGUCGUACGUUGAGAGGAGCCUCCUUGGUCCCUCAAACUCUUCCACCGUCUCCUGCAUGUUUCGUCUAAAUAAAUAUGUUUAUUUAACGUGUUUCAAAGUUUCUGCUGGAAGGAUUUGGAUGGUUCAAAUGCGGGGAAAUAUUUUCCAAUAGUUAUAACUUACUCAACAUUCCAACUUCGUCGCUGAUCCUCUCCCAAGUCAGGUCCUUUCUGUUCCUGUCUCUGUAGUCAUAGCUCGAUCGGUCGUAGAUUACAGCACCUCACCAGAGAGGUGCUGUAAUCAGCUAGAAUUAGUUUAUUCUCCAUAGUUUUAUUUUUCUGAGAUCACGAAAAUGCAAAACUGCGAGCGGCGAAAGUUCAGAUUUUCCAGCUCCAGCGUUGGAUGCAUCAAACGCUCAAGACGCUCAAAACACUUCAAAUCGCGCAGCACUUGACGCGCUUCGAUGCGCCUCCACGUAGAAAACCAGACGCGCCUGGCGCUCUAAACGCGUUUGGUGUGAACCUGAGGGAGACUUAAUGAGUGUUUAUGACUGUUGUAAUGAAGUUUUAUUUGGUAAAUAAUGACUUUUAAUGAAUGUCUUAAUUGAACUUUGCAUUAAAAAUGUAAUUAUUUAACAAACAAAACUUUUUGACAACAUUCAGUCUUAUGCACGUGCCUUCAAAUGAAGCGUUACCAGACAUUUAAAUUAGUUCACAUUGAAUCUUAGAGCCAUACUUUGACGCAAAUCCUUUAAGACAUCCAGUAAAAGGACGAUUUUGUUAUGGA